AUGCCGGAUUUCCAGCUCGACCAGCUUCCAGUACUCCCGCUGGCUGAAUCCUUCGCAUUGACGGCAGCCUACGAUGCAGACAACUGUCUGCAAAAGGUCAAUCUCGGACAAGGAGUCUAUCGUGAUGGGAACUGCCAACCUUGGGUUUUGCCUAGUGUUAGACAAGCCGAAGAAAGUCUUCAUCGUCAACAUGCAAACCACGAGUAUCUUCCAAUAUCGGGAGACUCUAAGUUUCUGAAACAGGCCCGACAACUUCUCUUCAGCCCAGAAAUUGGUGAGCAAUCGAACAUUACCAGUAUUCAAACAAUUGCUGGCACGGGAGCAAACCACCUUGCUGCCCUGUUCUGUGCUUGCUAUCUGCGCCCUAAAAAUGUCUGGAUCUCCGAUCCGACCUGGGAUAAUCAUCAUCUCAUCUGGGAAGUGGCUGGGCCAAAUAUCGCACGCAGGCUGUACCCAUAUUAUGAUCCGGCAACGCGGUCGCUCAAUUUCAAUGGUAUGAUCGAGGCAUUGGAACAAUUGGCAGAGGAGAAUGACGUCGUGAUUCUCCACGCUUGCGCCCAUAAUCCAACAGGAAUCGAUCCCACUGAGUCGCAAUGGAAGAAGAUUGCGGAGGUGGUGAGGCAUAAACGGCUUUUCGUCGUUUUUGACUGCGCAUACCAGGGCUUUGCUUCGGGUGAUGCGGAUGCGGAUGCAUGGCCAGUUCGAUAUUUCUACUCGACGUUAUUUGGAUCAUCAUCGUCGGAUCUAUCGGUACCUACAGGCAUGCUGGUCUGCCAAUCACUGUCUAAGAACUUCGGCCUUUAUGGUGAGCGUGUCGGGGCUUUGCAUCUCAUAACCGCCCCUUCGAUAUCGCCAGAGGGAGCGAUGACGCACUUGAUCCGAUUGACCCGCUCUGAAAUCUCGUGUCCAUCAUUAUAUGGGGCGAGGAUCGUAAACACAGUCCUUACUGACGCCGACAUGUGUUUGAAAUGGAAGGAAGAUAUCAAGACCAUGGCUUCAAGGAUCCAAGGUGUGAGAUGGCUGCUGAAAGUCGAGUUGGAGAAGCUUGGUGUGGAAGGUGAUUGGAGCCAUAUCGCACAGCAGAUCGGUAUGUUUAGCUAUACGGGACUCAGCGCGAUGCAGGUUCGAGAGUUGAAAACGAGACACCAUGUAUACAUGUUAGAAAAUGGCCGUAUGAGUCUAAGUGGGUUAAAUGAGGGCAAUGUAGCCUAUGUUGCGCAUGCAAUCAAAGAUGUGGUGGAGCGAGUAUAA